AAUGUCAGCCCCCAUAAAAAUGUCAACAUAGUUUUAUUUUUCGAUUUUCUCCCAUAAACAAUAGUUUGAUUUUUAUCUCAAUGUGAUUUUCCAAUAGAGAAAGUAUUGAGAAAGAGUUUAAACUCCAAAAAAUACUAUUUACCUUGUGAUUUGUUGGCAAUAAAUGUGUCUUAGUCGACAACUGUCAUGUUGUCUUCAGACCUUGAAAAGCUUGAGGGAGAUGCGAAGAUCACGGCUGCCAAACAUGUGGCCAAUAUUCUACAGAGGCCAGAUCAACUGGAAAGGGUAGAUCAGUACAGGCGGAGAGUAGCAAGAAAGAAGGCCUCCGUAGAGGCAAUGCUGAAAACAGCUGUUCAGUCACAGCUUGACGGCGUUAGAGCUGGAUUGACACAACUGCAGACUGCGCUGGUGGAUGUGAAGGAAAUCAAAGAAAGCCUGGAAGACGUGGAUGAGUCGUACAAACUCAUCUUUGGAUUAUCGGACAAACUGGAGGCUGUCAAAUCCGAGAAUUCCCGGCAUUCUCAGUUGGUGGCUGCCAGAGAAAACAUGAAACAUAUCUUUACGGUGCCAGAAAUGGUGAAGAAGACACAAGAUUAUAUCAACGAUGGCAAACUUCUCCAUGCCCACAAAUAUUUGACGGACAUUGAAGCAUCAAGGGAUGACCUAUUGUUUGAACUCUAUAAGCAGCCUCAGCAAAGCCCAACAGAUAACAACACACUGAAACAUUAUUUCGCCGGAGCGGAGAAACUUUCGGAAUCACUCGGGAAACAGCUGUGGCUGAUCCUCCAGCGUACGCUCAGCAGUAUAAGACGCGAACCAACGCUGAUCGUGACGGCAUUGAGGAUUAUUGAAAGAGAAGAGAGAACUGAUGCCAUCUGGUUGAAGAGACAGGAUCAAACCGGCUUCAUUCCUCCAGGACGUCCGAAGAUGUGGAGGGAAAGGUGUUUUAGUGUUCUGCGCGAUUCCGCUGGUGCUAGAAUUGAAGGGAAUCAAGUUGAAGGUCGUCUAGACAACAAAAUGUGGUUGGUUCGCCACCUGGAGAUCACGAGACAACUAGUCGUCGAAGAUUUGCGAGUUGUGAAAACGUUAUGUGAGCCGUGCUUCCCGCCAAUAUAUGACAUUGUCAACAGUUAUGUUAGGAUGUACCACGAGAGCAUUGGAGAGCAUCUGAAUGAGAUGAUCACCCAAGAACAAAUAGAAGGAAAUGAAAUCGUCUCUCUCAUGACAUGGCUGAAUACUUACGAGGGGGCAGAGAUGAUGGGGAAUCCUGACCUCAAGAUUGAUGUCAAGAGCCUGGGACCAUUGUUGGAAAAUAAUGUCCUGAAUGACCUUCAGAACAAGUACCUUGAUAAGAUGAGGAACAACUUCCAGGAGUGGAUGACAAACUCACUCAUAACUGAUAGAAAGGAUUGGUCAAAAGAACAGGAGCCUGAGGCCGACGGAGAAGGAUGCUACAACACGCCAUUACCAGUCAUUCUCUUCCAGAUGAUAGAGCAAAAUGUGCAAGUUGCCAGUUUCAUCAGUGAGUCCCUUGUGAAGAGAGUCCUUGGCCUCGUCAUUGAUGAGAUGGCAAACUUUUCCAAAUUUUUCAAAACUGAGCUGAUCGCCUAUCGAGAAAAGCAUCUUCAGGCCAGGAGUGAAACAAGAUACUUCAUACAUUACAUGAUUGCUAAUGUGAACAACUGCAGUACAUUCAUCGAAUGCAUCUCCCAACUAAAAAAGCAGUUCCUUGCCUCUGACGAUGAAGACAGCGCUAGCCAUGAGAGGUUCCAGAUUCUGACGGAGACGUUCCAGAAAAUCGCCCGGGACGGCUGCGGGUAUCUAUUAGAGGAAAUCUUCCUUGAUUUAGAGACGUUUGUCAGUGAGCUGCUGGAUCUGAAGAAAUGGCUAUCACAAGAAUCUAUGGCGAUGGAGACCAUUCUAGUCACAGUAGAGGACUACUCCCAAGAUUUCAUUCAUCUAAAACCGAAACAUUAUGAGAACAUCAUUUGUGCUGCACAGGAGAGAAUCCUGCUUGAAUAUAUGAAGGCUAUUCUCAAUAGGAAAAACUUCUACAAAAAUCACAAUGAGAGGAAGGAGGCUGCGGAGAAGAUGACCAAGGACGCUGGAAAUAUGUACGCCUUGUUCAACAAGCUUGGCUCCAGGGGACUCCAGGACGACAACCCAUUCAAAGUCAUUGCCGAGAUGUCAGAGGUCAUCAAACUGACAGAUACAUCGUUCUUGUCAUUGGAAGCCACUGGUAUUGUGAACCGUCACCCCGACAUGAGACCAGAACAGUUAGUAGCUUUGUUCACAUCUCGAGGGGACAUCAAUGCUAAGGACGCAAAACAGCAUGUGAUGGAAAUCAUGGGGGAAGAGGAAGGCCAGAUUAAAGUUCGACCUAAUGGAGUGUUCACCAAAGUGACAAUCAACAACCCCAAGUGGUGAUCUAAUAACAUUGGCAACAAGUAGGACCAUGUUUGUGCAGCUUGUGGAACAAGCUAAAUCAAAGCUGGCAUACUGGACAAAUACGCCGUGCUCUCAUUGCUCUGUUUGAAUAUGCUGUUUGGACAAUGUAAUUGUCACAGUACAUAUCCUUCUAUGUCAUGUGCAAAGCUAUGUAACCGUACAUAUGUAAAUAAACUAUUAUUAUGUAAAA